GUGGGACCCCAAGAUGGCGGCACCCAGCGAAGUGGCCGCAGUAGUCCCUGGCGAAGGCGAUGGCGGAGGCGGCGGCUUUGGCUCCUGGCUGGACGGACGGUUGGAGGCACUGGGAGUGGACCGAGCCGUUUACGGAGCCUACAUCUUGGGUGUCCUGCAAGAGGAGGAGGAAGAAGAGAAGCUGGACGCUCUGCAGGGGAUCCUCUCUGCUUUCCUGGAAGAAGAUUCCCUCCUUAAUAUCUGCAAGGAGAUUGUGGAACGAUGGUCAGAAACUCAAAAUGUUGUCACCAAAGUGAAAAAAGAAGAUGAAGUACAGGCCAUCGCCACCCUAAUUGAAAAGCAGGCACAAAUUGUGGUAAAGCCAAGGAUGGUGUCAGAAGAGGAGAAGCAGAGAAAAGCUGCCCUCCUGGCCCAGUAUGCUGAUGUGACAGAUGAAGAGGAUGAAGCAGAUGAGAAGGAUGAUUCAGGAGCUACCACAAUGAACAUUGGUUCUGACAAAUUUCUGUUCCGAAACACCAAUGUGGAAGAUGUCCUUAAUGCCCGAAAACUGGAGCGAGACUCGCUUCGGGAUGAGUCCCAAAGGAAGAAGGAACAGGACAAACUGCAGAGGGAGAGAGAUAAACUAGCCAAGCAGGAGCGCAAGGAAAAAGAAAAGAAAAGGACACAGAGAGGGGAGCGAAAGCGAUAACCUUGGCUUACUCUGUUCUUUCCCCCCAUGAACUUGAUCAAAGGGAGAACUGGCUGUAUAUUUAAGAGAAUUGAGAGUGCAUUGCAAAGUAGUUUCCCAAGGCAUUUCCCUUAUUGUUUACAUGGUCAAAAGGAAAAUCACAAUCACUUCUAAGUACAAAAUUUGCUAUGUUUUGGUGGUGUGGGAAAUCAGAUUAUAGUUGAUGACUGUACCAAAGAUCUGGAAUAGGGGCCACCUUUAUAUUUUAAUACUUAAGUCCUGUGCUCCUUUUGGCCACUUUAAAAAGGCUUCCCUCACUUUGGAUAAAUAGCAGGAGGAUUCAGAAAGGUAACAGUUUUCAUCCAGGAGCAGAAACAUCAUCAAUCCCUCCCUGAGAUGAAAUGUGGGCAUGCACAUUGCUUUGGAGGCAGUAUUCAGCUGUAAAUGUAGUAUUGUUUUAUGGCUGAAAUAGAGAGCUAAUGAAGAGCCCUAUCUGGAUCCAGAUUUUAUGUUAACAUGGCAGUAAAGCUAGGAAAAUGGGAAGAAAUGAUUUGGGGGAUGUUCUAGACCUUUUUUUUUUUUUUUUUUUUUUUAAAGUUUCAGCCUAUGGGAGGAAAAGAGGUAUCUUUUAAAAUAGAGAUAGUUACAUAUUUUUCCUCAUCUAGGCUGUGAUAUUUUAAGAAUGUGUCACCAUUGGGUACAAGGAUAUCAUUGUUGGCUAGAUUCAUUUUUUAUAAUCAUGUAUCCCCUCUUGAGUCUUAGUAGGGAUUUUAAUACUGAUUUUUCCCUAAGACAUGAGUAUUAAGAAAUGUUAAUUCCUGGUUUAGAGAAACUGGAGAAAUCCCCCUUUUAAGGAAGAAACACUGGAAAUCUCUGGUAACACCACGAUAUUUAAGAGUAUACAUAUUAGAUACUCAACACAUUUAUUGAAUGAAUGAGUGAAUGGAAAAACUGGGAAAGUCAAAAGUUGAGUAGAAGCUCUCCAUUUCUACUUUUGUCACAAACCACAUUAAAUUGUAAAUAAGUCCCUUCCCUACUUGACUUCAGGCAGCAGACUGUCUAGAAGCCUAAGGACAUCAAUUUCUCUGACAAAGUAGAUAUAUCAUACCAGAGGUUGGCAAACUACUGCCCACAGGCCAAGUUUGGCCCAGUCUGUUUUUGUAUGGUGCAAACUAAAAAUGAUUUUUACAUUUUUAAAGAGUUAUAAAAGAAAAAAUAAGUGGUCUGCAAAACCUAAAAUAUUUACUACCUGGCCUGGCCCAUUGGAGGAAAUGUUUGCCGACCUCUGUUUUAUACCAUUAACUAUGAGAUUAACAAAAACUUUUACCUUUGUGCAGAAGGUUAAAAAAAAAAAAAGCAUGGUUAAGGAAAAGGGGAUGUGUUACCUCUUCAUAUACUCCUAUAACCGUGGCAUUGCAAAAAAUGAAAAUAACCACCUUUAAAAAAAAAUAAACCUUAUUUAAAUUGCAAAAAAAAAAAAAAAAAAAA